AUGCUGACCAUGGCCCACAAGACAGGAAGCAACAACGAUUUUACUAACGUAGAACUAGUUUACAAACAAGUUUAUUAUGGCCAUCCCGACAUAAAUAAUAACUAUAAUAAUGCCACCAAUGGGGACGCGAACGGUGGUUUGCAUGAUGAUGACAGUCCGAAUACACAACAACAACAUCAAGAACAGCAGAGGCAUGGUAACGAACCGAUCCAAAUAUCGUUCCCCACUACAGAGGUUAUAGGGCACGGCUCCUUCGGCGUGGUGUUCACGACAACGAUACAGGAAACGCAGGAGUUGGUAGCGAUCAAAAAAGUUUUGCAGGACAAAAGAUUCAAAAACAGAGAGUUGGAGAUCAUGAAACUGUUACAACACCCAAAUAUCAUCGACUUGAAGUACUUUUUCUACGAAAAGGACGACCAAGACGAAGUGUACUUGAACCUGAUCCUAGACUACGUGCCACAAUCCCUGUACCAGCGGCUGAGACACUUCGUGCACCAGAGGACUUCGAUGCCCCGUCUGGAGAUCAAGUUCUACAUGUACCAACUAUUCAAAGCACUAAACUACCUGCAUAACAGUGCCAACGUGUGUCACAGAGACAUAAAACCACAAAACUUGCUCGUAGAUCCAGAUACCUGGUGUCUCAAACUGUGCGAUUUCGGCAGUGCAAAACAACUGAAACCAACAGAACCAAACGUCUCCUAUAUCUGUUCUAGGUACUACAGGGCUCCAGAACUCAUAUUUGGGGCCACAAAUUAUACCAACCAGAUAGAUAUAUGGUCGUCAGGAUGUGUGAUGGCAGAAUUGCUCUUGGGGCAACCCAUGUUCCCGGGGGAGAGUGGGAUCGACCAACUGGUGGAGAUCAUAAAAAUCCUGGGGACUCCCUCGAAACCAGAGAUUUGUGCUAUGAACCCAAACUAUAUGGAACACAAGUUCCCGCAGAUUAAACCCAUCCCGCUGACGAAAGUCUUCAAGAAGGAGGAUGAGCUGACGGUGGACCUGCUAACUAACGUGCUGCAGUACAACCCAGUGGACAGACUCACCCCACUACAAACGCUCUGCGCACCGUACUACGAUGAAAUUAGGUUCAGCGAUGGUGGGAAGAUAAAGGAGAUGGUACACGAUCUGAAAUUGCUAGAAUUCAACGACCAUGUGGAACUAGGGUAUUUAAAUCAAGAGGAACUUGCCGCUGUGAAGCAGAGAUUGAACCCAAGAGGCGAAUGA